CUGAUUGCGUAAUUCUGAAGGAUCUGGAACACUUUACGGCACUAUUGACAACGGAAGCUUACUCCAGCGGGUGUCUGUUUUUUUAGUUAUGAGUUAGUUUUCUACAAAAGCUGUCGCUAAAUGAGUGUUUUCGACUUAUUUCGCGGAUUCUUCGGAGUACCUGGAGGUCAUUAUCGUGACCGAAGGGACCCCUUCUUUGAUGCUAUGACUCAUGAUGAUGACGACGAUGAAGAAGAUGAUGAAGAAGAUGGAUUCUCCUAUGAUGGGGACCAGCAGGACCCUUUUGACGGUGCCUGGAGGUUUGGCUUCAGUGUUGGCCCCGAUGGGAUGAAGAUGCAGGAGCCGCCGCCGGUGUUUGGCCAGGUCCUCAGGGAGAUGGAGGAGAUCUUCUCCCAGCUGGGCCGCUGGGACAGACAGCCAGAGUCUGGACACUUUGAUGUUCCCAGUAUCAUGCCGCCACCACCUCGGGGCCGAGCAGAGAGGGGUGGAGGGGGAUCUGGUGAGAACCCCCUGAGAGACUUGAUGCUCAAGUCCCCUUACAACAACCCACAAGGACCCCGAGCAGGGCCAUCUAGAGGGCCCAGAGGUGAUGACCACCCAUCUUAUGAGUCACCAGACUUUCCCAGCUCGCCAUUCUAUGGCUGGACCCCAUUUUCAAAGUUUAAUGAUAUUUGGAAAAGAGGACCACACAAAUCUUCAGAGGAGCGCAAAGAAGACAGGGAUCUGGACUCUGCAGUGUCCUCUGGGGGCUUGGAUCAGAUUCUGACGCCACCUGCUGGUCAGUUACCGAACCAGCCCAGAGCCCGCUCAUUCUUCCAAUCAGUCAUAGUCACUAAGGUGGUGAAACCUGACGGGUCUGUAGAGGAGAGGCGAACAGUUCGAGACGGCCAAGGCCAUGAAGAGACCACGGUGAUCCGCUCAGGAGGUUCUGGUAGCCUGGAGGGACCGAACCAUCAAACUGGACCUGUCAUAUCAGGUGGUCAAAAUCCGUUUUCGGACAUGCGGGGUGAUGACUCCCUAUUCUUCAAGUUGUUUGGAGGGUUUAGAUAACAUGUAGAGUGGAGUAUAGCUUUGGUGCCCUGAAAACAUAUCAGUCAAUGAGUGAUUUCCCCAAAGCUGUGAGUUUGCAUAUGUAUAGUUUAUAUCUAUAUAUGGACAGAACACUUCCACGACCGUCAGUUGCCAAAGUGAGCGUGUUGGAUGGAUUAGGAUCUCUGGCCUGUAUACGGUCACACUGUGGGGUUCCAACUCACGUAGAUUAGAAGCUGCUAAUCCUGACGACUAGUGAUUUUAACAAAUGACAACAAUUCACAAUUACAUAUUUUUGGGGGGGAAUUGUCCUGUAAGAAUAAGCGUGUAUGGAUGUGAGUGUGUGUGAUAUGUCAAAUUAAAAAAGCUUAAUAUAUUUACACAGUUGUUAUUUGCCUGUUGUUUUAGGUUUAGGCAAACCACUUUAAAAUAUCACUAACUGGGAAUCGAGCUCUGAUCUGAUUGGGUGAACCUCAGAGUAGAUUGACUCACGAUCACCUGAGUGAUGAAUAUGUUCGUGUCUGUAUAUUUCUAGUUCUGCUUUGAGAUGGUGAUUUCACGACACCUGAUAAAAUUCUCUGUUAGAUCGAAACGAACUGGAGGGAAUUUCCAACAUCACAACAACACUGACAGUGAAUGCAGCUCGCUCUGUUCUUGUCGUGUGUUUUGCCUGCUGCCUUGUUUCUGCCAAGUCUAUAACCGCCUUUAUCCCUCUAAAUUGGCAUCAACCCUCCUCAGGUCCUUAUCAGUUUACACUUCUUCUCUUUCUCAAUCCUUCUGAAAAAUGUCCGUUACAGAAAAGGCCAUUUUAUUCUCGAACAUGUCAGUGUAACCUCUCUCAGGUUUGUGGUUUCCAUGUGCUUCAGAUACAGAAAGAAUGUUGGAAUUGUUUUCAAAUAAAAUGCAAAAAAAAUAAAAUCUCUUU